AUGGGCGAACUAUUUCAUAUUCAAGAUAGUCCAUACGAUUACAUACCCGAUCCUACUUCUCCAGUUCCGGAAUCAUCCAACUUUGUUGACUCUUUUCAUCCAAAGGGAUUCACAGAAGAAGGGCAUGGCUACUGCAGUGCUGUUCUGAAUUACAUAAACCAGGUUUUAAUGAAAGAUGACGAAGAUGAUGAUGAUGAAAUGAACAUCAAGAUCAAACACCCCACUCUUGAACAAGAGGAAAAAUCCUUCUACGAGAUUCUUAAUCAAGAAACUUGUAGCAGCUCAGAAAAUGUAUUCGAGGUUGAAUUUGAUCGCGAGAAGAACCAAAUAUCGGUGAUAGGAAGAAAACAUCUUCAUCAAGAGGAUGAUGAUAAUGGGAGGCUUAACAAACAUCGACUGACAAUCCACACCGAUGAGGAAGAGCCCGUGUUAAUCGAGAUGUUUGAUAAGGUUUUGGUUCUGUCUAUAGAAGACGAGAGAAGUAAAGAGUCAACUCAUUCAAAAACAAUACAACAUGGCCAAAAGGGGGUGCACAAAAGGGAGGCAGUUGGCAUGAGAAAUUUGUUGAUACAAUGCAUGCAAACCCUAGCUAACAAUGAUCAGAAAACUGCAAGUAUACUUCUUGAGCAGAUAAGGCAGCGUUCAUCUCCAAUUGGCGAUGGAUCACAGAGGUUAGCAUAUUAUUUUGCAGAUGGAAUUGAAGCACGUUUGGUGCGUUAUGGUUCACCAUUGUUUAAAGAUGGUGUUGGGAUGUAUCAUAAGACAUUAAGGGAUACUACUCUGCUAAAAGCUUGCAAGAUGUAUCUCUCGGUAAUUCCUUUCACGAAUACUAUAUAUGCCCUAGCGACUGGUUUGAUCAUGGAUAUAGCUCGUAAAAGAAGAAGUAAGCUUCAUGUUAUUCAUUUUGGAAUCGUACCUGGCUUUCAAUUGAUUCCCCUUAUUCAGCGUCUAUCAACAAGAGACGGUGAUGAUGAUGAUGGCGGUCGUCCUCCAAAGCUUCGAGUCACGGGGAUAGACUUUCCUCAAGCUGGCUUUCGACCGACUGCAAAGAUCGAUGAGACUGGAAGGCGGUUACAAAGCUACUGUGAGAAAUUUGGUGUUGAGUUCGAAUACGACUCCGUUGCUGCGAAUUGGGAGAAGAUAACCGUUUCAGAUCUAAAAAUCAGAGAAGAUGAAAUCGUGGUGGUAUACUGUUUGUUCCAUUCGAUGUACUUACUUGAUGAAAGCAUUUUGGAGGAUAGUCCAAGGGAUGCAGUAUUGAAGUUAAUCAGGAGGAUAAAUCCAGAGAUAUUUAUUCACGGAAUCGUGAAUGGGAAUCUGAAUUCUCCAUUCUUCGAUUCGCGGUUUCGCGAGGCUCUAUUCCACUUCUCGACGAUGUUCGACAUGUUCGAUACAGUCCUGCCAAGAGACAAUGAGGAGAGGAUGGUGUUUGAGAGGGGAAUAUUGGGCGAAGAGAUUCUUAAUACCGUAGCUUGCGAAGGAGAAGAGAGGAAGGAGAGACCUGAAACGUACAAACAGUGGCACGUUCGGACGGUUAGAGCUGGAUUCAGGCAGGUUCCGUUGAAUGAAGAAAUGGUGAAGAAGCAAAAAGCCAUUGUUAAGUCACGUUAUCACAAGGAUUUCUUUGUGGAGGCGGCAAAUGAAUGGAUGUUACAAGGUUGGAAGGGGAGAGCCUUGUGCGCCAUUUCUUCAUGGAAACCUGCUUAG